AUGGUUAAAGAAAGAGAAAAAGCUCUUGAUCUAUGCAUCACUGUUCCCACCUUCUUCAAAUGCCCAAUCUCCCUUGACGUCAUGAAAUCGCCCGUUAGCCUCUGCACCGGUGUCACCUACGACCGUUCCAGUAUCCAACGCUGGCUAGACGACGGCAAUAACACCUGUCCUGCAACCAUGCAGAUUCUCAAAACUAAGGAUUUCGUUCCUAACCGAACUCUACAUAGUCUCAUCCAGAUCUGGACCGACUCGGUUCAUCGCCGGGUCGAACCGCCUUUUCUACCUUCAGUUCCUUCUAAAGAUCAACUCCUUCAAGCCGUCACUCAUUUAUCCGGUCUAAACCGUAUAAACAAGCUCGGCUUAAUCACAAAAGUGGUUCGGUUCGGUCAGGAUUCCGAUCAGAACCGAACUUUUCUCGCCAAGUUAGACGGGUUUGUUUCUCUUAUGGUUACUUUCCUCGACAAUGUUGACGAGAGCAUUGAGUUUCUCGAACAAGUUUUAACAGUGUUAGGUUUAGUUCUGGAAAAAAUCCAAGAUCGCGAGGGUUUUAAAAGCCAUGUGUUGAAGGUGAAAGGGAGAAACAAUAAAUGUUUAGAUUCUAUGGUUCUUGUUUUACGACGAGGAAGCAAUAAUUCGAGAAUCGCUACAGCUAGGGUGUUGAAAUUCAUAGCUCUUGAUGGUGAAUCACAGAUUCUUAUAGCUGAGAAUAAUGCUAUGGUGACUGAAUUACUGAACUUAUCGAAACCAGAGAAAGAUCCGAAGGUGAUUGAAAACUGUUUAUCAUGCUUAGUAGCGAUCUCGCAACCGAAGAGGAACAAGGUGAAAUUGGUGAAAUUCGGAGCAAUGAAGACUUUGUCGAGGUUACUAACGGAGGCUAAUACGAGCGUGAAAGUGGUGGAGAAGGCGUUGAAGCUGGUGGAGAGUGCGUCGACGACGAGUGAGGGGAGGAAGGAGAUGUGUGAGGACGCGGCGUGCGUGGCGGCGAUACUGAAUAAAGUUUUGAAGGUGUCGAACGUGGCGACGGGGCACGCGGUGACGAUACUGUGGAGUGUUUGUUAUCUGUUUCGGGAUCAGAAAGCGCAAGAAGCGGUUACUCAGGCGAAUGGGUUAACGAAGAUAUUGUUGUUGAUACAGGGGUAUUGUUCGCCUCAGGUUCGCCAAAUGUGUACGGAUUUGUUGCAGAUUUUUAGGGUUAAUUCCAAAUCGUGUCUUUCUUCUUAUGAAACCAAGACAUCACAUAUCAUGCCGUUUUGA